CUCCUCCUCUUCCUCCAUGGAGGGAGGGAGGCCUUCUCUUAUUCUUAGGGAAAGAGUGGCUGCUGGCCUUGUGUUUCUAAUCCUAAUGCGCAGGCGCAAGAGGAGGAGGCGAGAGAGAGAGGAGGCCGAAGCCGGCGGUGGAAGCAGCAGCAGCACAAGCGGCGGCGGCUCAUGGCUCCGCGGGCGGCGGGCGGCUGAGGAGAGCAGAGCGGCUCGGGAGGGAGGGAAGGAGGAGGCGGCGGCCGUCGGGGCCCGAGUUCCCCGUUGAGGCGGCGAGGCCCAGGCCCAGGCCCUUUCCUCCUCCUCCUCCUCCCUGCCUCCUGCUCCCCGUGGCGGUGUUAUGGCCUCUUCCUGCCCGAGCACAAAAGGGUCCCUUGCUUGGAGGUCGGCGCUGCUCCUCGGGCUCCUGGUGGUGGUCGUCGUCUCCUCCUGCGGAAACAGUGCUCUUGCAGAACAUUCUGAAAAUGUGCAUAUUUCAGAAGUCUCAACUGCUUGUGGAGAUAUUCCAGAACAAAUCAGAGGCCCAAGUGGGAUAAUCACAAGCCCAGGCUGGCCACUUGAAUAUCCUGUCAGACUGAACUGUAGCUGGUACAUCCGAGCAAAUCCUGGGGAGAUUAUAACAAUAAGUUUUCAAGAUUUCGAUGUUCAAGGAUCACGACGAUGCAGUUUAGAUGCUUUAACAAUUGGGGCCUACAAGAAUAUGGAAAACUACAGAGUAUGCGGGUCUUCUAUUCCAUCUCCAUAUAUAUCUUCACAGGACCAUGUUUGGAUCAGAUUUCAUUCAGAUGAUAGUAUAUCACGGAAAGGAUUCAGAUUGACUUAUUUUGCUGGGAAAUCCAGUGAAACAAGCUGCGACUGUAACCAGUUUCAUUGUGCUAACGGGAAAUGUAUUCCAGAAUCUUGGAAAUGUAAUGACAUGGAUGAAUGUGGAGACAACUCUGAUGAAGAAAUCUGUGUAAAAGCUAGUCCUCCAACUGCUGCUUCCUUCCAGCCAUGUGGAUACAACCAGUUCCAGUGUCUUUCUCGUUUCAAUGUUUACACUUGCAUUCCAGAAUCCUCAAAAUGUGAUGGAAACCUUGACUGCCUUGACUUGGGAGAUGAAAUAGACUGUGGUGUGCCAACAUGUGGGCAGCUGCUAAAGUAUUUUUAUGGUACUUUUAAUUCUCCUAACUAUCCAGACUUUUAUCCUCCAGGGAGCAAUUGCACUUGGCUGAUAGACACUGGGGACCACCGUAAAGUUAUUUUGCGUUUCACUGACUUUAAACUUGAUGGUACAGGUUAUGGGGAUUAUGUCAAAAUAUAUGAUGGAUUAGAAGAGAAUCCACGCAAACUGUUGCGUGUUUUAACUGCUUUUGAUUCUCAUGCCCCUCUUACAGUUGUUUCUUCUUCUGGUCAAAUCAGAGUGCAUUUUUGUGCCGACAAGGUUAAUGCUGCGAGAGGAUUCAAUGCUACAUAUCAAGUAGACGGCUUCUGCCUGCCAUGGGAAAUUCCAUGUGGUGGAAACUGGGGCUGUUAUACAGAGCAGCAGCGCUGUGAUGGCUACUGGCAUUGUCCAAAUGGAAGGGAUGAAACCAACUGCACCAUGUGCCAGAAGGAUGAGUUUCCUUGUUCUCGGAAUGGUGCUUGCUAUCCACGUUCUGACCGCUGCAACUACCAAAACCAUUGCCCCAAUGGUUCAGAUGAAAAGAAUUGUUUCUUUUGCCAGCCAGGAAACUUCCACUGCAAAAACAAUCGAUGUGUCUUUGAAAGCUGGGUUUGUGAUUCACAGGAUGAUUGUGGUGAUGGUAGCGAUGAAGAGAAUUGCCCAGUGAUUGUGCCAACAAGAGUAAUAACUGCUGCUGUUAUUGGAAGCCUUAUUUGUGGGCUGCUCCUUGUCAUUGCAUUGGGUUGUACAUGUAAGCUGUAUUCAUUGAGAAUGUUUGAAAGAAGAUCGUUUGAGACACAGCUGUCAAGGGUUGAAGCUGAGUUAUUAAGAAGAGAAGCUCCUCCUUCUUAUGGACAGUUGAUUGCUCAGGGCUUAAUUCCACCAGUUGAAGAUUUCCCUGUUUGUUCACCGAAUCAGGCCUCAGUUUUAGAAAAUUUAAGACUGGCAGUGCGGUCUCAACUUGGAUUUACCUCAAUUAGGCUUCCAAUUGCUGGCCGGUCAAGUAAUAUCUGGAACCGAAUCUUUAAUUUUGCAAGAUCUCGUCAUUCAGGAUCACUGGCACUGGUUUCAUCAGAUGGAGAUGAUAUUGCCAAUCAGAAUAGUAACAGAGAAACUGAAAGAAAUGGCUCUCACCGAAGCCUCUUUUCAGUGGAGUCUGAUGACACAGAUACAGAAACUGAACGAAGAGACACAGCAGGUGCUGUAGGUGGCGUUGCUGCUACUUUGCCUCAGAAGGUCCCUCCUACAACAGCAGUAGAAGCAACAGUAGUCUGUGGAACGUCUUCAGUUCAAAACACUAGCAGUAAUACAGACAAUGGAAGAGAAGCAACAAGUGUAGACCCUCCAAUUUCCAGUCCAGGGCGCCAUCAGUUCUCAAAUGCACUGAGUCGUAUGACUCAAGGCUUACGUUGGGUACGGUUCACUUUAGGGAGGUCAGGUCCAGCAAAUCAGAACCAGAGUCCUUUGAGACAGCUUGAUAAUGGGAUAAGUGGAGGAAGAGAUGAAGAUGAUGAUGUUGAAAUGCUAAUACCAGUUUCUGAUGUAGCAUCAGACUUGGAUGUGAAUGACUGUUCAAGACCUCUACUUGAUCUCACCUCAGACCAAGGACAAGGGCUUAGACAGCCUUACAGUGCAUCACAUAAUGGAAUACGGUCAUGUAAUCGAGAUGGCCCCUGUGAGCGUUGUGGGAUAGUACACACUGCCCAGAUACCUGACACUUGCUUAGAAGCAACCCUAAAAAAUGAAACUAGUGAUGAUGAGGCUUUGCUGCUUUGUUAAGUAUUGAUUGAAUGGAUGGAAAUGUAUGCAAGUUGGAGCAAUAUUGGUGAUGUUUUUGUACUUCAUAAUUAAGGGGGAAAUAGCUUUUUUGUUUCAAAAAGAAUCCAGGGCAAAUCAUGUGACUUAAACAUUUUAUUGUGCAUGGCUGAUUAAAUCUUUGUCAUACAGGGAACUUAAAAGUUUUCCCAAGUCUGCAUAUAUAAUUUAUAUCUGUAGUUUGGUUAUUCUUCAGUGAUCACUUUCUGAGGGGUUUUCCCACAACUGCUUUUUUCUUAGCAUUACUAAAGCCUAUGGAAGGAUAGCAAAUGCAGGUGUGUCUUUGUGAUUUGCAAAAUAUGUAAGCAACAAGUGAGCUUCAUGAGCUUGGCUCACCUGAAGAUUUACAUUUUAAGCAUUGCAGAGACAUGCAUCUGUAGCUAAUUCCUACCAUAUUUUAAGGAUCAAAGUGGGAUAUGGUAACAUGGGAAGUGGUCCUCAUUUUCAGAUAGUUCAACAUGAAGGUGUAAUUCACAACAGAAACAUGUCUGUUUAACCAAUUUUGGCUGCCUAUCAUUCAAUUCCAGGUUGUCGGGCUACUUUUGUACAAAAUAUUUAUUCCUUUUUGAAAUCACAUCCAGUAUACUAUUGCCAUUAUAAUUUUAACUGAGUAUACUAAAACCUGAUUCUAGCUAAACUUAUUCUUUUUGUUGCCUUUUGUGGUUUAAAUAUUUUGACUAAUUACUGAAUGUCAUCAUGGUGAACUUUUUUCAGAGGGGAGAUUUUCUUCAGUACACUAUGUAUUUUUUUCCUUUUAUUCAAACAGGAUUUAACUUAGAUAAAAAGAUGGCAAAAAAUCUUUUGUAGCUUUUAUAACAUUGACUUUAAUAAGUUGGUCUAGUAUGUACAACCAAAUAAGAUGUAAAAAUUCAAAGUAAUUUUUCAUCUAUCUUUGAAGAUAGAUAUUUGAAGCAGUUAAAAUAUGCAUUUGAGUCUUGUAUAUAAUGUGUGUUUUUUAAAAACUGAAAUAGGUACGUGUAACUCUAGAAAAUAUGUUCCACCUGCUAAUAGAUCUUUUCCCUAAUGGGGUUUAAAUUUCUUUGGUCUAAAGGGAUUUGCACUAAAAUUAUGUUAAGGUCUCUAAAGAGCUUAGUGCACAGGCACUAUCACUUUAAAUACUAUUCUCUAAUACAGCAAUGAAAAUAUAUAAGUAUAAUAAUUCCACAGCUCUGUUCUUGGAUUCUUGUUUUUUUCUGUUGUUUGUUGCUGCAAUUGAAUUUGCUUUACUAAUUUCCUAUUUAUUCAUUGUAUUUAAAAGCUGGUUUACCUGGCAUCAGUUUGUGCUUUAAAAGAAAGAAAGAAAAUUGGGUAUAUUUCAAGGUUUUUAUUUUUAUUAUAUCAUGCUAUUGAUUCAAAAGAUACCAGCAGAGGGGAGAAAACAUUCAUAGUUUCCAGUUUAGUGACCAGCUGCUGGUUGUUGUUACUAUUUGAUGAUAUCAAGAAAUCCAUCAUUUGAUAAAGUAAACUUUGUCAGUUUCUGUUAUAUUUAUUCUUUGCCAGUCUGUGUAGGCUUAAUGAUUUAGUAUGAAAAAAGUAUUUGUGUGUGACUAUGCUAUUUAUUAAAUUUUACAUACAUUGCUGAAUGUCAUUUUAAAGCAUGUUUAAAGUCUUGUGAGUUUCUUGUUGUGUUAUGCUGUCAGAAAAAUUGACAAUGUUUUAAGAUGUAUCAAAUUAAAAAAAUAUUAUGUAUUUGA